AGAAAGGCAGGGAGGCUCCGGGAGCUCGAGCCGGUCCUCCCUUCCUUUGCCAUCACCUCCGCAUCGGCGCUCCUGAGCUCCAUCCUUAUUUUUUUCCUCCAAACCCAUUGUCCAUCUUCUCUCUUUUAAUUACCCUCCUUUUCCUCUCUCCAUCUCCCCUCUGAGUCAUCUCCCCUCCCCCCCCCCUCUGUCACACAUCUCACUACUCCUCCUCCCCUCUUGUUUUUCUCCCCUCUGCUCCGCUUCUCCAGUAUUUUCCUGGUCGCUGUGAAGGCAGAACACACAUACACACACACACACACAGGCGGCAGGAUGUCGAUCAUCAGCAUUGUUGCCAGGGAGAUCCUGGACUCUCGGGGAAACCCCACAGUGGAAGUGGAUCUUCGCACAGAAAAAGGUUUAUUUAGGGCUGCUGUGCCCAGUGGAGCAUCUACAGGGAUCUAUGAGGCUUUGGAACUUCGAGAUGGAGACAAAAGCCGCUACAGAGGCAAAGGGGUUUUGAAGGCAGUUGGUCACGUUAAUGACACUUUGGCUCCAGCCCUCAUAGAAUCUGGCAUCAGCGUGGUGGAGCAGGAGCAGCUGGACAACAUGAUGAUUGAGAUGGACGGCACAGAACACAAAUCUAAAUUUGGAGCCAACGCCAUCCUGGGAGUGUCUCUGGCCAUCUGUAAGGCCGGCGCAGCGGAGAAGGACAUCCCUCUGUACCGCCACAUAGCUGACCUGGCAGGAAACACAGAGCUGGUGCUGCCGGUUCCUGCGUUUAAUGUGAUUAACGGAGGAUCUCAUGCUGGAAACAAACUGGCAAUGCAGGAGUUCAUGGUUCUGCCUGUUGGGGCUGAAUCUUUUAAGGAGGCCCUGAGGAUAGGAUCUGAGCUGUACCACACACUGAAGGGGGUCAUUCAGGACAAAUACGGGCAGGAUGCCACCAACGUGGGAGAUGAGGGGGGAUUUGCCCCCAACAUUCUGGAAAACAGUGAAGCUCUGGAUCUGCUGCAGACAGCCAUAGAGAAGGCAGGUUUCACGGACAAAGUGGUGGUGGGGAUGGAUGUGGCGGCCUCAGAGUUUUACCGUGACGGCAAAUACGACCUGGACUUUAAAUCCCCACCUGAUCCACAGAGACACAUCACUGCAGAAGAGCUGGCAGACAUCUACCAGAGCUUCGUCAACAACUACACAGUGGUGUCCAUCGAGGAUCCCUUCGACCAGGACGACUGGGAGGCUUGGUCCCGCCUCACAGCACAGGUGGGGAUCCAGGUUGUUGGAGACGACCUGACAGUGACCAACCCCAAGAGGAUAGAAAGAGCUGCCGAGGAGCGAGCCUGCAACUGCCUGCUGCUAAAAGUCAACCAAAUCGGAACGGUGACGGAGGCCAUUCAGGCAUGUAAGCUGGCUCAGGCAAAUGGUUGGGGGGUGAUGGUCAGCCAUCGCUCAGGGGAGACAGAGGACACCUUCAUCGCUGACCUGGUCGUGGGACUGUGUACUGGACAGAUUAAGACCGGCGCCCCCUGCAGAUCUGAGCGGCUGGCCAAGUAUAACCAGCUCAUGAGGAUUGAAGAGGAGCUGGGUGACCAGGCUCGCUUUGCUGGACAUAACUUCAGGAACCCCAGUGCUCUGUGAAACUGACAGACGGAUGCCUCAUGCACGCAUGCACACAAGCGCACACACAAACUGAUGUAAACAACAACCGAGAAAUGAGCCAUGUACAAAGAAAGACCUUACAAAUUCA